AAAAGAUCACAUUGUUUUUCAUUUGAGGAUAUGAGCUAAAUCCAAAAAUAUGGCAACAGCUCUUCUCUCAUCUCCUCCAUUGCCUUCUAUCCUUCCAACUCCCUUAAAGAACCAGAACAAGAUUGUGUGGAAGCAAAAGAAAUGUGGUAAAAUCAGGUCAUGUUCAGAGUUUUCCAAAGAACCCACUUUGCAGUAUGGGGUUUCAAGAAGGGACUUGACUUUCAUUGCUCUUUCUUCUUCACUAAAUCUAAUUUUCCCAUUUUCAGGUUUUAGUGCUGAAGAAGAGUUGAAAAUGGGUUCAACUGUCGAUGACAUAAAUGCCUAUUCCUACUUGUAUCCUAUAGAAAUGCCUUCGAAGAAGUUUGUCUUCAAAUGGGUGGAAACCAGAAAAUCAGAGCGUUAUUCAUCGGCUGCGCCACUAUCACCUGAUGCACGCCUUCGCAUUGUGUCUGAACGAGUUGACAUCAUUGAUAAUCUCAUCAUUUCUGUUUCGAUAGGUCCUCCCAACACACAGUUCUUAAAGUCAAAGGAGAAAAGUACAUGGAGUGCAAAAGAUGUUGCUGAUUCUGUUUUGGCUGAUAAAUCUGCUUUGCGUGUAACUUCAACUCAGCGAUUGGCUGAAAGUUCACUUAUUGAUGCACAUGCUUCUGAAAUUGAUGGUGAGCCCUAUUGGUACUAUGAAUACCUUGUUCGGAAAUCACCAACCAAAACAUCUCAAGGAUCAAAUCUUUUCCGCCACUAUGUUGCUGCAACAGCUGAACGAGAUGGUUAUUUGUAUACUCUUAGCGCUUCCACUCUUGGCAAGCAAUGGGAAAAAAUGGGGCCCUCCUUAGAAAAGACAGUGGCAUCUUUUCGACUUCUUCCUCCCACAGAAAGCUAUGUCCCUCCGUACAAAGAUCCGUGGAGGUUUUGGUGAUCGCAUUUCAAAGUGUGGCUAGGAUUAAUAUUUUGUCUCCUGAUAGCAAAGAGAGAGAUCCAAAUGUGGUUUGCAAAUGAGAAACAACAUUGCAAUUCUUUUUUAUUUGAUGUGGAAACUAUACUUCAAGCUGAGCUCGAACUUGCAACCAGACACUGCUAAGCAAUUUUGACACGAAACUCGUGCUAAAUGCCAACACAGCUGCUACACGUUUGUGAGACAACAUUGCAAUUCUUGAAUGCAAUUUUUGGUGCAAUAUUUGCUACAUAUUCUUUUAAGGGCUCUUUGCCUGCCAAUAGUCAUCUCCAGGCUUGAAUUUUCUGCAAAAUGCAGCUAUGGGUUUUUAGGUGACUCUUGUGCUUUUGGACGGGAAGAUCUUCUCAUGAAGAGUUUGAGUAACUGUUGUAAUAUAGAGAUGAUAUUGGAGGACUUGUUAG